AACAGUGGAACAUGUUUUAAUGAGCUGUCCCAGGUUCAGAUGGGAGAGGGAAUUAUUAAAACAUACCGUUUUAAGAGGUGGAAUGUACUUUAGUUUACCGCAGGUGUUGGGACAAAGGUCAGGGGAUGUAGGAUACACAGCACUUAUUAGGUUUAUAGAGAGCACAGGGUUACACAAGAUAAGAUAAGGUGAACUGAGUGGGGUUAUCAUGGUGUGGUGGUAGGUAGGGGCCGUUCUGAUCCACACUCCAGUCUGGAAGGUGGCGGUCAUGCACCUAAAGCUGGUUGCCAACCUCCAUUACAAAACAGUCGAAGAAGAAUAAGAACUAUGUGACCGGAAGUAUUUGAUGUUAGGUGAAUGUAAGCGUUAACUUAACAACAAUCAUGGGGUGCACGUCGAGCUACUUUUUUCACAACAGUUAACGACUAUAUAAUACAAUACGCUUCAUAUAUAUCGGAUUUGGCCUGUUAACACCACUGAGUGUCCGCUCGCUUGCACCAUGUCCCGCACCGAGCUACUCAGAGUGCUCGUUAACGAGCGGUUGUCUGCGGCCGCCGAGGAGAUCUUCGAGGCUGUUAAAAAAACCAUAGCGGAAUACGAAGAGGAGAUUCUGCUCUCCAAACGGGAGAUCCGCCGCCAACGUAGGAUGCUACAGACAGCCCCAAAACCUCAAAUACAGAUAAACAAACAUUCAGACCAACCACAGCUGGACCUGUCUGUCUGGGAUGAAGACUUCACCUCUGAUCAGCCGCAGGAAGUGCAAUGCAAGUCGGACUGGAGCUCUGGUCUGGACCAUGAUGACCAGGAGCCCCCCCAGACUGAGCAGAGCCAGCAGGAGCUCCACAGCAGCCAGGAUGUGGAACAGGUUGAAGAGCUGGAGGAGGACAGCACCAUCAGGUUCAUCUUCAAUCCUCCAUAUGUGAAGAACGAGCUCGAUCAGCUUCAGUCCAGCUUUCAGAGCACAAAAAGAGAAGGAGAUCCUUUGCCGAGCACUUCAGCAGAACAGGACCAGAUGAAGGUACAGGGUGAUGAUGGGGCGUCCUCCAGCUGUUCUGAAGCAGAGCACGACAGUGACGAGGAGUGGAGGGCCAGCGAGGGAUCUCAGAGCGACAGCAGCAACAGCAAGGGCAAGUGGAAAAAGAAGAAAGGGCCUCGUCUACCCAUGGCCCCAAAACUGCAUCCCACCAAAAAAACAAAGUCGCGAAUCUGCUGUAAAGUCUGUGGGAAAUCAUUCCACGCUAAUGUCUCUUUGGUGAAUCACAUGGAGGUUCACCCUAAGGAUGUCUGCGGUGUGUGUGGGGAAUGUUUCAAGACCGAAGAGAGCUUUCAAGUUCACCUGAAAACACAUGUGAAAGCUGAAAUCUGCAGCGUUUGUGGGAAAUGUUUCGGGGCCUCUAGCUCUUUGGAAACACACAUGAGGGUUCACACGGGAGAGAAACCGUUUAAUUGCAGUGAAUGUGGCAAAUCUUUCAAUUGUCGCCACAACAUGAUGCGACACAUCAGGAUACACACAGGGGAGAAGCCGUAUACCUGCACCGUCUGUGGCAAAUGCUUCAAUGACUAUUCCACAUUGAAACGUCACCUGCGAAUUCAUGUCCCCAAAAAGAACCUCGAUCCAAAUAAUACUUGUACAAAUGAUACUGAAAAUGGUAAUGACACCACUGAGAAGAGGAUAAAAACUUCAUCACUAAAAAAACAGCAGACUCGAACUAUAUGUGAAGUGUGCGGGAAAAUGUUCCACUCCAUGGUUUCUCUGGUGAAUCACGCCAGAAGUCAUGCCACAGACCUCUGCGGCGUUUGUGGGAUACAUUUCGAUUCAGAGGAAAGCCUAAAAAUUCACCUGAAAACUCACAAAAACGGGAAGAUUUGUGAAGUAUGCGGCAAGUGCUUCGACAGUCAGCCAAACCUGGAGAUGCACAUAAGGAUCCAUACGGGGGAGAAGCCGUUUCUGUGCAGUGAGUGUGGGAAAUCCUUCAACUGCCGACAUAACAUGAUGCGACACAUCAGGACACACACGGGAGAGAAACCUUACCUGUGUAACAUCUGCGGUCGGUGUUUCAGUGACCACUCCAGUCUGAAACAGCACAGUAGCACACACACCGGGGACAAACCACACCGCUGUGAGGUGUGUGGUAAAGGCUUCUACCGAAAGACAUACAUUAGACUUCACAUGAAGAGCCACACCACAGAGAAAUGACUGGUCUAUAAAUGUGGUGGUUGGUGCUAAAAGGCUUAGAAUUGAAGUAUUUUUAAGUACAAUGUGCUGUGUUCAUCUUUUUUUUUUUUUAUCUUUUAGAACUGCAAAUUUAUCAUUGCCUUUUGUUUAUUACUGAAAUAAUGUGUAAUAUGAGAGGUGGUUUUCAUAGUGAUAAAUCAUCACCACACUUCAGUCAGCUUGAAAAGAAAAGUAAUACAGGUGUAAAGCUCUUAAAAAAAAAAAAAAAAAAAAAAAAAAA